CGUCAACAUUUGAUCGAUGAAGUAGUGUGAUCGGGUAUCGCAGAAUUGUGUGUGCAAAGUAAACGCCAAGAAUAACUCGUUUGCAUUUUGACUGAGAUAGAUUGAGCUGAUCGGACACCAUGCAGACAAAACACAUCUAAGAAAUCAGAUUGAAGUCGAACGCACACACACACACACAGAGAGAGAGAGAGAGAGAGAGAGAAAGAGAGAGAAAGACAGAAAUUGAGAGAAGGAGGACUUGAUGAAAAGACAUGACAUUUUUCUUCUUCUUCUUCGUCUUCGGGUCAGCGUUCACUUUACCAUAUACAUUUUCUCACACCAACUCACAAACACACAUACAGCUAAGGCUCAAUGAACAAGUCAACUGUACAACGUAAAGAUCAAUAAGACGGUUGCGGCAUCGUUCUACUUGGCUUACUUAUUUUCGUCAUCAUCGGUACCAUCAUCGGCAGCAGUAGUACUAGUAACAGCAUAUUUUUUUCGUCUGAUUCUCAAGAACAACAACUCACAGCGCGCGCGCGCACACACACGUUCGUCUCGAUCGUUGCGUCGCUAGUUCCAACCAAAAACGUACUCAAUGAAAGACAGAGAACAACAUGUAUUCAGCACGAGCAUCCAACGAGAUAGAAGCACUGAUUCAGUGCCGCAAGUGUCUGCUUAGUUGGAUCAUCUCGGUUGCUGCCUCAUGAACAAAACGCACAAAAAAGUGAAUAACAACAACAACAACAACAACAAACACGAAAAUUAAAAUCGUACGCAGAAAGAAUUGAAAUAAACGCCGUUGAUCGAACUGCGUAUUCAUACGCGCAUUCAUAAAAAGAAGAAGAAAUAUAAUCAUUUAAUUAAUUCAAGUUAGUGUAUACGUGUGCUCUCCAUUCUACAAAUCGUCAGUUCAUUAUUGUCUUGUGUUGUGUGUUGGUGCAAGGUAUACACGUGAAACGUGGGAAAAAUACUCAAUUCAAUUUUAAUCAUCGAACCGUGGUAAAAGUGAUACAAAUCCUAUGCAUGUGCAUUUAAAUUGACUGAUUUUGUGCUGUUUUCGUAAUACGUUUUUGAUGGUGAUGAACUCGAUUUUCUUGUUUGAACAAAAAAGAAAAGAAAAACAAAAACAAAAUAAAGAAUAAAGUGUCUGCUCGCAUUGAUAGACUGGAAAGUGUUUUGUAAAAAACGUGAGACUUUAUUGCGAUCAAUUAAUAUGUUAAUUUUCGGUCAAAGCCAAUGCUAAUGAUUGAAUGGUAUCAAGAUUACAUGGGAUUUAUCGACACGAACUCUUUAUAGCCGUUCAAAAGUUGCUUUCAACAAAGCCAUUCCCUUAAAGAACGAAUUAUAAAUCAUCCCGCGCGUGCGCGUGCGCGUAAAAUACUUUGUAAAACACAAUAGUUUUUUUCUUCUUCAUACAAUAUUGCCGCUACCCAUCGUCAUGUCCACUUCGACCAGUAAAAGUUCAGCCAUCCCAAAAGUAGAUAAUGUCCCAUCCACAAGCAAACAAUCAAUUCCACUGCCAAUCAGUUCCAAACACAGUCAACAGAACCCAUCACAGAUUCCAAGCCAUUUGCCAUUACAUCACCAAAACGUUCAAAAAUCGCACGGUAUUCCAUCGAUAAUACCACAGCCACAAAAGCAUUUAGCUGGACCACCUCGUUAUCAGCCACCCCCACCGCCUGGAAGCAUUCUGAAGAAUAUUUCGCCACAACGAUCCGGAAUUCCGACACCACAAUUUCACCAUUCAUCACAUUCAAACGACACAAACGCACAUUUAAACCUGAAAUUUCCACAAGAAGUACCGAAAUUAACAACUGUUUAUAUACCAGAUCGAAAUACAGCAACUUCGUCUCGUAUUGGCACAGCGAGAUCGUUGCAACCAUCACGUCAAUCAAUUAAUAGUGUUCAGUCGCAACCAUCACCACAUUUAUCGACCACCGACGACGAACAACAGUCCACUUCGAGUAGGAAUCAACAACAAGAAAUGCUCAAAUUCGUUCGAAAAAGUGACACCGACUCCGUUUCUGCACAUUCACCAAAUCCAAAUGCAAUUCCGCCGGCCAACAAUCUCAUUCGCAUGAAUGCCAACGAACAAAGUCGACACCUUCAGUCACUUCUCGCUGAUUUACGAUCACUGAAAGAACAAAAUCAACGAUUGAAUGAUGAUAAUCAAGAAUUGAGAGAUCUUUGCUGCUUUUUGGAUGACGAUCGACAAAAAGGACGGAAAUUAGCACGAGAAUGGCAACGAUUUGGACGCUACACAGCAAGCGUUAUGCGGCAAGAGGUGUCUGCUUAUCAGACCAAACUCCGCCAGCUCGACGACAAACAGCAAGAGUUGAUCCGUGACAAUUUAGAGCUAAAAGAGUUGUGUUUGUAUUUGGAUGAAGAGCGAGCAAAUGUGAGUGCAACAAUUCCAUCGUCUUGUUCGAGUUGUGGUGCGGCGAUUCGACCGUCAACAUCAACCAACACAUCAAAUGCAAUGCGAGAUGAUGGUGAUGGCAGUAGUUCCAGUACGAACGACGAACCGAUGCCAUCUGCGCGUCAAUUUGAUCAUAUUGUUACGGAACAACAGUCGCGUUCAGCGCUGAAUGAUCAAACGCUUCAAUACGUGCGUUCGUUAGAACGGCGUCUUUUGGAGCAUGAACUAGCCAAUACGAACAAUAAUCUUGAGAAUAGUGCCAAUCUUGCCGCAUCAAAAGCCAAUAAAAACUCAAAUCCCCCAGCGAAUGUGAGCAAAAGUGCCGAAGCCCCAAAUUCGAAUCUGCAUGCACACGCAAAUGAUGUAUUGUCGGGCCGUCCAGAAGCAGUUGUGCGCGCGCUACAGAUAUUAGAAGUGAAGGAACAGUUGGAGCGUGACCGUGCCGGCAAUGUGUCGAUUUCGCCAGAACAUCAUAUGGACGAUGGCGAAAAAGCAUUGCUUCGAGAAAUGUGUAACGUUGUAUGGCGUAAACUCGAAGACAAUUCAAAUAAUCAAGAUGUUUAAGAAAAAAGAAAACACAAUUAGAAGUACAAUAUUCCGCAUUCGGCGCAGAGUGAAAAAUGUGCAUUUUAAAUGUACGACACAACCUACAAAAUUUAUUUAAGAUAUCGAUUACACAGCAGAAUAUUCUUUAUUUUUACGUUGUUCAUGACAAUUCGAUAUUUAUUUUUCUUUAUGUAUUUUUUUUUCGUAUCUGAAUGGUUUUGAGGAAUUUUUUUUACAUUCAUACUUAUUUGCUCAAUGUUUACUUUUCAAUGUUUCUACUAUUACUCAUUAAUCCCGCGAAAAUAUUAUGUACUUUGUUAUUUUUAGCUUAUAAUAGAAAUUAUUAUUUGUUAAUUUUUCACGUAUAUAUUCAAAUGGCAAUAAAGUGAAGCUCUUUUUUUUCUUUUGAAUAUGCCCAUAAA